GGGGGGCGCCGCGCUCCGGUCCCGGGCGGUGACUGACGGCGGCGGCGGCGGCGGCGGCGGCGGCGGCGGCUCUAGGCGAGCGCGGUCCCCGCGUGCGCGUACGCACACGCCGCCGCGCAGGGACCACGGACACCCGCCGCCGGCCGACACACGGACGCAGAGACCUGGGCUCGGCGCGCGCUUCUCGGCGCACACGCUCCCCAUCCCCAGGCGGCGCGGGGCGCGGACUCGCCGCUGUGCGCCUUCCCCGUGGAGUCUGCCCCGGGCCGGCCCGCCGCCCGCAGCCCCGCAGCGAGGCCAGGCUGUGAGCAGCCUGUAGACACCUUGGGGCUGCCCAGCGCUGCUCUGAGUGGGAGGUGAGCAGUGCUGGCCUGAGCCUCCUUCCGGAUUGAGAAGCGUCAUGGCCAGCAUCUUGCAGGCCUCUCUGGCUGCCUUCCUCCUGCUGCCUGUGGUCACUGCCAUGCACUCUGACUGCAUCUUCAAGAAGGAGCAAGCCAUGUGCCUGGAGAAGAUCCAGAGGGUGAACGACCUGAUGGGCUUGAAUGACUCCUUCCCAGGCUGCCCCGGGAUGUGGGACAACCUCACGUGUUGGAAGCCUGCCCGUGUGGGUGAGAUGGUCCUUGUCAGCUGCCCUGAACUCUUCCGAAUCUUCAACCCAGACCAAGUGUGGGAGAUGGAAACCAUUGGAGAGUUCGAUUUCCCUGACAGUAACUCCUUGGAUCUCUCAGACAUGAGGGUGGUGAGCCGGAACUGCACUGAGGAUGGAUGGUCGGAGCCGUUCCCUCAUUACGUGGAUGCUUGUGGGUUCGAUGAAUAUGAAUCAGAGACCGGGGACCAGGACUAUUACUACCUGUCGGUCAAGGCCCUGUACACAGUUGGCUACAGCACAUCCCUUGUCACCCUCACCACUGCCAUGGUCAUCCUGUGUCGUUUCCGGAAGCUGCACUGCACCCGCAAUUUCAUCCACAUGAACCUGUUCGUGUCAUUCAUGCUGAGGGCCAUCUCUGUUUUCAUCAAAGACUGGAUCCUCUAUGCGGAGCAGGACAGCAACCACUGCUUCAUCUCCACCGUGGAAUGCAAGGCCAUAAUGGUUUUCUUCCACUACUGUGUCGUGUCUAACUACUUCUGGCUGUUCAUCGAGGGCCUAUACCUCUUCACCCUGCUGGUGGAGACCUUCUUCCCUGAGAGGAGAUACUUCUACUGGUACACCAUUAUAGGCUGGGGGACCCCAACCGUGUGUGUGUCUGUGUGGGCUGUGCUGAGGCUCUACCUCGACAACACAGGCUGCUGGGAUAUGAAUGACAACACAGCUCUGUGGUGGGUGAUCAAAGGUCCUGUGGUUGGUUCCAUAAUGGUUAACUUUGUGCUCUUCAUUGGCAUCAUCGUCAUCCUUGUGCAGAAACUUCAGUCUCCAGACAUGGGAGGCAACGAGUCCAGCAUCUACUUAACAAAUUUAAGCCUGGGAGUCCCCAAGAAAGCCCGAGAGGACCCCCUGCCUGUGCCCUCAGACCAGCAUUCACUCCCUUUCCUCAGCUGCGUGCAGAAAUGCUACUGCAAGCCACAGCGGGCUCAGCAGCACCCUUGCAAGAUGUCAGAACUGUCCACCAUAACUCUACGGCUAGCCCGGUCCACCCUGCUGCUCAUCCCGCUAUUUGGAAUCCACUACACGGUAUUCGCCUUCUCCCCGGAGAACGUCAGCAAGAGGGAGAGGCUUGUGUUUGAGCUGGGGCUGGGCUCCUUCCAGGGUUUUGUGGUGGCUGUUCUCUACUGUUUUCUGAAUGGGGAGGUACAGGCGGAGAUCAAGCGUAAGUGGCGGAGCUGGAAGGUGAACCGCUACUUUGCCGUGGACUUCAAACACCGGCACCCAUCCCUGGCCAGCAGCGGGGUGAACGGGGGCACCCAGCUCUCCAUCCUGAGCAAGAGCAGCUCCCAGAUCCGCAUGUCCGGCCUCCCAGCUGACAACCUGGCCACCUGAGCCCGUGCUCCCCUCCUCUCCUCCACACGCAGGCUGGGGUUUGUGGGCAGGCGCCGGCCCACGCAUGUUGUGCUUCUUCUCUCACUUCGGGUGGGCCUGAGGCUGGAGGCUGGGCUCCCUGAGGUGGGAGAAGGAUGCGGGGCGCAGAUGGGUUAUUUCCUCUCCCUGUUUGGCGCUGGCCCCACCCACCGUGGGCCGCUGGGCCCUGAUCCAGACAUGUAAAUACGCCACAAAUUUUGAAAAGUUGUCUCAUUCCCUACCCCUUUGCCCACUGUCCCUGCUCACCUCAAGCAAGUCCCCGGCUUUACCCUGCCCUGUUUCCACCAGCCUCAGUGAUCUCCUUGACCUGGUCAAUGAGGCCCUGUCAACUGAGGCUGACGACCUUGCUUUGGGGGCUUGGGGUGGGCAUGUCCAACAGCCACCCCCCCACCAAGUGUCUGACUUUCAGCGUGGACUCCUUGAAUCUCCUUGCCACCUGAGGCCCUUCUCAGACCUGGCCCAGUGUCUGAGGCCUGCCAGAGGUCCAACUUGGGCUCCCAGAGCAUCCUUUAGUGCAGGCAAGACCUGAGUCGAGACUCCUUCAUACCCUCCCCCAGCAUCUUGGUGUCUAGGUGCCCAGCUCCUGGGUACAAGGGCGGUGGGAUAGCUCCAGAGUUUUUCCACUCAGAGACUUGAUUUUGGGUGUGGGGCUAAGGGUCCCAGAAUGUUCUGGUGCUCUUCAUUUGGUAGAAGAAAAAUUGCCAAGAGCCAGAAAUGUGGAUGUGAUUGGAAAGGAGAUGGAAAGAGUUUGGGGCUCCCAUGGAAGAAGACCUUCACUGGCUCCAUUAUUUUACCCCCAACUCAAGGUGAGAGGGGGUUCAUCUGGUAGCCUCCCUUCUGCCCCUCCCAUCCCCAGGCAUCAGCUGCGGACUGUGAGAGAUGGAUGCCUCAGAGACACUGCUCCCUACCCAUGCCUAAGCCUCCCCCCUCCUCAUUUCUCCUUAAGUUAAAGCCAUGGUUAGGAUGAACCAGCCGCCUUCCUGUGAUGUCAGUGAAUCCUGAAACACCUUAUGCCUCCAUGUGCCCGAGUCCAGGGCCUAGAUUUCCCCCUCACCCCACCCCCAUGGACAAUGCGGAUCCCAGCCACCAGCUCUUUGGGCUUGGGCUCAGCUACUGAAAUAUCUCUGAGACCAUUGCAAAGACUUCCCUCUGUGUAUUCUUGACAUUGAAUCACCACGGACACUAGUGUCCUAGAGUGUUGGGAGGGGAAGCCACACGUGCCAUGCCUGUUAGCAGAAGCUGCAAAUGGGAGUGAUGGCAGAUCCCCAAUGCCUAUUAUGGUUCUCCAGAUGCAAAUUGCUUGGCCACAGUCUAGGAAUUCAAGAUGGGGCGCAACUGGGUUGGGGGAAGAUGGACAGAAGUGCUAGAGUGCCAUGGCCCAUGUGGGGGGCCCAUUUCAUUCUAUGUCAACCUUUGGUGGUGUUCCUGUCCAAGUGUGUUUGUGGACUUGUUUCAUGAUCAUGUUCUGGAAUGCUUGGGGAAUUUGCGUGGAGAGGAAAUACUGCUUAGCUUGGUUUUAUAAAGAGGAAGGGGCUUGGGGGUCUGUUUUUGGAGAGGUCUUCAAAGUGACUAGAGAGGACUUAGUUGCUUUGUUUGGAGACAAGCCCUGUGUCCGUGGCCAGUGAAGCACUGUGGGUCCCUGGGUCAUUGGCAAACCUAGAAUCUGCCCUAGUUGGGCUCAGACUACUGAUAUUGUGGACAUGCAGCUCCCUGUUCUGGGCCUUGGUUUCUCCAUUUGUGGGAUGCAGGGACUUCUAAAGCUUCUCUAGGCUCUGUACUUCAGUAAUUCUCCAGUUCAAAAGUAAGCAGAUAAAAGGGCAUGCAUCAUUGUUAUGUGUAUCAUCUAAGGUUUUGAAGUGUACAUGUUUGUGUAUAUGUGGAGGGAAGGGAAGAUGCUGUUUAUUUUCUCUUUCUUAGAAAGGAAACAUCUGUUUCUUCCACUGGGACACCCCAGUGGAAGCUGGUGGGCCAGAGGGAAAGGUCAUGACAGGGACAAUUGGACAGGUGCCUUGGGCGUGAUGCGCUGACCCAGCCGUGUGCCUAGCCAGGGCAGGGUGCCACGGCUGCUUGGAUAGUAGCCACCUCCAGAUCCUAGGAGCAGUCCCUUAACUGGACCCCAUUUCUUCACCCCUGUCCCCACCAGCAGAUCUGCUUCACUGUGGAAAAAGAGACUUUGAUUUUAUAUACACAUACAUACACACACACACACAUGUCAUCACAAAACAGCAAAAACAUCAUUAGGCCUGAAUUCCAUGUGCUGUGCUGUCACCUGAGCCCUGGGUUGCAUCCUUGUAGAGGUUCCAGGUUCCUGUUGGUCUGUGGUUUGUUUUUCUGUCUGAAUGAGUUAUUGCCAGUCUUGUGAACUAGAUGUACCCAAUGUAUUUCGAAUGUUCCAGGAGGUUAGGCAGCUGGCUUAAAGGCCACUGGUAGUGGGUGAGAAGCAUAAGGUUUGGGUAAAAACCUUCCCUCUCUAGUCUUGGUUUUCAAAUCUGUAAAAUGGGAAGUAAGACUAGAUGAUUUGUGUAGCCCAGUGCAUGUUUGGAUUUCUCUGUCUAGAUACCAGCCAUCUAGUUACAGGGAAUGGGCCCCAGGCAGGGAUUGUGGUAUUUGCCUGACUGGAAAGGAUAAGAAAUCCUGUGCAGCCAGGAGGGGUUUGAGGGCCUUGGGAAUGGUUAGGUUGGAGAAGAGCAGAGGUAUCCAACUCCUUGACUCUAGAAGAUCAUUACCAGGAAGGGUUUUUUUUUUUUUUUUUUUUUUUUUUUUUCUUGUUUCAUGCAAUCCUAAAGGGCAACUGUCACCCAGGGGAGGCUGAAUUCUCCUUGGAAUGAAGCGAUUUUUCAACCUCUUCCAUGAAUGUCCCGCCAUGGGAAAGGCCGUGUUAGGAGAGAGUCUCCACCCCUAGGGGAAAUGGGAUUUCAAGUCAGGGAUGCUGAGGCUGUCAGGGAAUCUGAGAGGGAAGUGUGUGUGUGAUUUGGGCAGGGGGGAGGGGUUCAGUGGCAUUUUGGUGGUACCCAGCACUGUGGGCUUCUUAACCCUCUACUAGAGGCUGGGCUACUUUUCCUGUCUCAGUGGGUAGCUCUGUGGCCCUCCUUGACAUAUCCAGUGGCCUGCAGUGAUUCCUUCUCUGACCCUUACCCCUCCCCAAACUAGCUUCUCCAGGGAUCAGGGCCAGGCAGCUGGAGCUGGGCCCAAGACUCGAAGUACACAUCAUCACUCACCAAGUGUGCUCAUUCACCUCCUUCAUCUGACCCUUUCCCUUCCUGGAAGGAAAGCUAGAAGAGGCUUUCUUUGUGAUUCUGUGAGUACCCUUGACCCCUUCAAGGUCACUCCAAAGUGAAAGCAGUGAGUGCUUUGUCAUCGUAAAUUCCUGCCUGAGCCCAGUGACCAUGGAAGCCUGCCAGAAGAGCUCUGAGCAGGGAGCGGGGAACCCAGGCUUCUCCCAGCUUUGCCACUGACCUGGCCUUGACCCCAUCCCCAUAUACCUUCAGGGAGACUCACGAAGCACUAGAUCUGGGAAAGAAAAUGGAGAUCUGCAGGUCAAACCUCCCCGUUGGGCUGAUGAGAAAUCACUUACCAGCAGGCCUAGCACAGUGCCUGUAUUGUGUCGGGAUCCAAUAUGCUUUAUAAACCUGAGUGAGAAAGUGGGCCCACCAGCAUGUGCCCAGCCCUGCACGUGAGCCAGAAUAAAGUGUCCGUACAGAAAACAUUCAGCCUUGUGCAAGAGAGGGGCUCUGGCUACAGAAGUUGUUAGGACUCCAUAUUGCAGGAGGAACAAUGGCGUCAGUGUGGCAUGGGGAGACCUGUGUUGUAGUUCAAGCCUUACCACCUGCUCUGUCCUCCAAGGCUUGGCGUCUUUGAGCCUCUGCUUCCUAAUAUGAGACAUGGGAGGACAUGAUUUGCAGCCUGCUCCUCAGGCCAGGGAUAAGGUUGAAAUGAGACAUUCUUGUGUGUAAAAGGGCUUUGGAAACUACACAGGUAGGGGCUGGUUUCUGGGGUCAAGAUCCCUGAAAGGGAUCCCAUGCUGUUUGUCAACUACUUUGAGCCCUCCUGGGUUAACCUUUGCCCCACUUGUAAAACCACCAGCACCGGGGGUAAGGGGAAGGCCAGUGGGCUCUGACAGACACAGAAUUCCAGGCUUAUCUCUGCCAACAACUGAAUAGUUUGUUCCUGGGGUUAGGAUGGGAGAAUUUCAUGUGGGUGGUGAUUUCCAUGUCACCUGCAUGGGAAUCCUUCAAGGAUCUGGGAUAUCCCUGAAGUGGGCUAUGUGCCCCUUUCUUCUUUCCCUAAAUGUGAAGUCCUGGGGUGCGUCUGUGCUUGGCCAUUUGUGUCUUGUCUUAUGUCCGUGUUUUAUAGUUUGCCCUGUGAGGGCUGAAGUGGGGCAGUCCCCAGCAUCCCAGACGUGGCUCCAGGCUUGCUUGUGGAACCAGGCUCACCUGUGUUUCAUCUCCCACAAUAAAGAUAAACCCCGCAGACCUCACUGCUACUGCUACCGCCAUUAAUGCUGUGCUCACAACCUUGUCCUGGAUUUUAAGGAUGUCAACCUGCUGUAGAUAACUCAAUAAAUGUCUUAUCAUUUUU